AUGACUGUCGCAAUUAGGAUGCUCGCUUAUGGAGUAAUAGCAGAUUUUAUGGAUGAAUACUUACGGAUGGGAGAAAGGACCGCAAUGGAUAGCUUUAUAUGGUUUCUUAAAGCGGUAGUUUCAAUUUUUGCUGCUGAGUACUUGAGGUCGCCAAACCCAGAAGACAUUACUAGAUUGCUAGCAAUUGGUGAAAGCCGUGGAUUUCCCGGGAUGCUGGGAAGCAUCGAUUGCAUGCAUUGGAAGUGGAAGAAUUGUCCAAAUGCUUGGAGAGGGUCUUAUAAUGAUAUCAAUGUGUUAGAACGGUCUAAUGUAUUUGCCAAUCUAGCUGAAGGGCGUACUCUUCCGGUCAACUACUCAGUCAAUGGUCAUGAUUAUACAAUGGGAUACUAUCUCGCCAAUGUUUCCAUGUAA